UGUAGUACGUACGCGUCGUACGUACGUGAGGCCAGCCUCUGAGAAUAUCCGCUUAUUUUUCCGCUGCAGGUAGAGAUUUCUUUGAAAACGCCAGUUCAUUCGUUGCACUAAAGGCUAGUGUAUGGCAGCACUUCCAUACAGAGACAGCACUUAUUUGAAGUCGUCAGAAAGUGGUAACAUGUCCUAAAAAGUGAAAUUUAGCAAAGAAAUUUCUGAAGCAAGUCUCGUACCGUAUAUGUUUAAAGAUUCAUCUUCGAGACGACCAGCUGUAUUGAUUAAGGCAGAGUGACCAUCAGCAGCUCAUUGCAUCAAGGCAGCGUGAAUGUUCAACCCUGGCAGAUUUGCAUUCGAGUCUGCCCGCAGAACUCGGCAAUUGUCUCUCCUGGAACAGUUGUCGGGGUUGCUCAGGAUGGAGGAGACCAGCGGUGGACGACCUGCAAAGGAGAAGGCGAAAGAGAUCUACCCAAACUGCUUUCCUCCCCCGAGGGGCUGCUCUAGUUUGCCAGGAAGGCAACCAGAUGGAGCGGCAACCGGUCAGCAUGGGCAGGAGGUGGGUCUACCCCAUUCAUCAUUCCAUCAGGCCCAGCAAGAAGUCACCCAGCGUGCCCCUUCACCAAACCCCCAGGGCUCAGAGAGUCUCCACCCUGGAAGGCCCACAGCCUGGUUCCCCCAUCCUCCGACUGCCAUCACCCGCUCCUAUCACACCAGCUUUCCCUCCCUAGCCGCGAGCAGUACAUCAUCGUCAUCAUCUGCUAAUAUCAAUGCAAGUGUCCAGACUAGAUCUCCAAGUGAUCAGUCGCAGUCCAAGAGAACAUUGAACAUUAGCUCUGCUGAGUCAAAGAAGCUACGCUCGGAGAUUAGUCCAGGGACCUCAAAUGACCAGGAGAAGUUGUCACUGACCCGACAAGAGACUAGCGAUGAGAAAGUUGAGAUGCUAACCAUAAGAAGUGGAGAUGAACUUCCUUCAGGGGUUACAGCUGAAGGAAAGAGACCUGACAUGUCCAAGUUCAAGCGGAGGUGGAAGUUGACCCCAGCUGGAGAGAGCCGUUACCUUUGGCCAUCGGGCACCGAGGUGUCACUGCUGUGCUACAACGUCUUGGCCCAGUGCUUGAUUGAGAGCAACGACUACCUCUACGACAGCUGUCCAGAGGAGAUCCUGAGGUGGGACUACCGCAAGGAAAACCUGCUGAGAGAGCUUCAACAGGCCGAAGCUGAUAUAAUGUGUCUGCAGGAAGUACAGCUCAGCCACUUCCGUCAUUUUUUCGGACCAGAGUUAGAGAAACUUGGCUAUGCAUCCCUAUAUCAGAAACGAACAGGAGACAAGCAUGACGGUUGCGCCAUCUUCUACAAGAGGGAUAAGUUUGAGCUGGAGGACUGCAAGAAAGUCCGGUUCUACCGCUCUAACAUCAAGCUGCUGGAUCGCGACAACGUGGGCCUCGUGGCGCUCCUGCGUGCCAAGGGAUCCUCACAGGCCCGGGGCCAGCCCCCCAAGCUGUGCGUAGCCACCACUCACCUGCUCUACAACCCCAAGCGGGGUGACAUCAAGCUGGCCCAGCUGGGGGUGCUGCUGGCCGAGAUUGACCGACUGGCAGCGGCCACUGUGUCCCCCUGCCAGCCCCCCUCCGCACCCCAGCCAACACCCCUCUACCACCCGAUCAUCCUGUGUGGGGACUUCAACAGCCUGCCCCACUCGCCCCUCUACAACUUCAUCCGGAACCGGAGGCUGGACUACGUGGGCCUUCAGAAGGUCUUGGUCUCAGGUCAGGGGUCAAGCCGAAGGUCCUUUGACCCCUUGAACUGGCCCCUGUGGCCCUACGAUGUUGGGGUGACAGAUGCCUGCCAGUUUAGGAGCGUUGUGAAGGAACGAUUGAGGAAUAGAGAGAACAGUGAUCAAGACAAGCAAAAGCAAUGCACAGAACCGUCGGAUGCUGCCAACGAGCCCCAAGACUGGGAGAAACGCUUCUCAGAGAGCAUCCACCACCCCUUCCAGCUUGCAUCGGUCCACAGCCACGGCAGCCAACCCCGGGAGGUCACCACCAACCACAGCCGCACCAACUGCACCGUGGACUAUAUCUUUUACUCCAGCGCCCCGCCCAAGCUUGGCGGGAUGCUGCCAGAAAUGCCCAGCCCUCCCGUGACCUAUGCCGGAGAGUUGAAGCUCCUCGAGUACCUGAGCCUCCUGACGGAUCAGGAGGCCACGGACAUGGGAGGGCUCCCCAAUCACGCCUUGUCAUCGGAUCACUUCUCACUGCAGGCCAAGUUUCUGCUGAUUCCUCCGGAGUAGACACAGUGCUUUUUACAUAAUGAAAUAUUUUACUGACAUUUCAGAUGGUGCUAUGUGAACGAAAAGCAGGAAAACACUGCCGAAUUUUGACUGGAUACGCACAACUGAUUCGCGUCAGUACUUAGGAGAAAUGCACCCAAGCACCCAUGCACAGAGCACUGACACUCAAGUGUGUAUUAAAUUAAAGUAUGCUUGAGAUUUUACUGCCAAAUGUUCUCGUCAUGUAAUAGAUAUGCACAGGAAAGACCAGAUCACACACCAGAAAUUAUUUCACAAUUGUAACAAUUUUAUUUUUCUGCUGCUUAUUUCAUAUAUGCUGACCCAUGAUUGAGAAUUUGACGGUGAUUUUAUACUCUAGUAAUGCCAGAGGAAUUAGAGUGUGUACAUGUACAUCUGGGUUCUAAGUGUGUCACACAAAAAUGAAUGUACAUGUAUCAGGGUCGGCCACUUCCUUGUAUUGAGCUCUGUUUAUUGUGCUCCAUUCAUUACCAAGUUUGGACAGUCAGCGACAAUUUAAAAACAAUGCCACAGCCCCACUUAUUUUAUACCAUUUUUAGUGUGCUUGUUUUUGGCCCUGCUCAGGGUUGUGUAAAGCCAUUCAGUCACCUGGCAAAUCAAAGGCCAGGUCACAGGAGAUAGGAUUAAAAGUGUCAAAAAAUGGACAGGACCGGAUUUUAGCCGGUGACUCGAUGCCUGACCAGACAUCUGAUGACUUUUGUUGACUUGUAACAUUAUUAUUACAAUUAGGCUUCUUUUAUCGUCAACCUCUCGUUAUCAUAAGUUAUUUACAGUAUUAUGCUGAUGGGUCGCACUUCAUUAUUUGCUUUGUUUUGUAUGUUAGGGGUUUAUGCUCCAAUUUUAAUGCUAUGGAAAGUACUAUGUCUUUAUUUAUUUCAUUGUGGAAGUCACAGUGUUACCAUUGUUACCCGAAUGUCAUGAAUUCACUCCGAAUUCUUGUUGAGAAACAUUCUCUAUGGAUUAUUUUAUUUCAAAGAAUAAAUCCUUUACUGGACACAUUUCCAGCCGGUGUGUUAGGGUUUUCUUGAACUAAA